CUCCCACCUAUAUUUCCUCCUUUUGUGUUUCCUUUUCUCCAAUGCACCCUAAAGUGAAUUAAGUACCCACUCCCUAUUUCUCUUUAGUAUAAAAUCCCCCCACUUCCCUUUCCCCCAUGGCCUCAACCCCCUUCUCCCAAAAACUCAACAAACAUACUCAACUAAAACAGAAGCAAGGAAUUUCAGGAAGGGAGCAGAAAGAGAAGCUUCAACGUAACGCCAAGAUGGAACCACUAAUUGACUGCAGCAUCGGAGAAGAAUACCACAACUACUGGGAAACCAAAAUGUUCCUCCACAACGAAGAACUCGACAGCUGGGGGAUGGACGAGGCGUUCUCCGGGUACUACGACUCGAGCUCUCCGGACGGCGCAGCGUCGUCGGCGGCGUCGAAGAACAUAGUCUCGGAGAGGAACCGGCGGAAGAAGCUGAACGAGAGGCUGUUUGCGCUCAGGGCGGUGGUCCCCAACAUCAGUAAGAUGGAUAAGGCGUCAAUAAUAAAGGACGCCAUUGAUUACAUCCAAGAGUUGCAGGAGCAGGAAAGAAGGAUCCAAGCGGAGAUAGUUGAGCUGCAGGAAAUGGAAUCCUCCGGCAGCAAGUACUGGAAGAAGAUGAGCCCUUGCUCCGUCGCCGACGGAAUCUACGACUUCGAGGUUGAUGAACUUCCGGUGCUGUUGCGAUCCAACAACAACAACAAGAAGAAGAAGAAGCUCAACGACCAAUCCUAUGAAGAUUCCUCCGGCGGAUCCAUCAUCCGAUCUUCCUCCUCUUCAUCCCCCAUUCAGCUUCUAGAACAGUUGAGGGUGGCAUAUAUGGGGGAGAGAACAGUGCUGGUGAGCUUGACAUGCAAUAAAAGAAUGGAUACAGUGGCCAGAUUAUGCGAAUUGUUCGAAUCUUUGAACCUCAAAAUUAUUACAGCAAACAUUACUGUUGUUUCCGGCCAUCUUUUGAAGACUGUCUUCAUCGAGGCAGAAGAAGAGGAAAAAGACGAACUGAGACAUAAAAUAGAAGCUGCAAUUGCAUCUCUUAAUGAUCCUGAAAGUCCUAUGAGCAUGUAGUUCAUGCAACCAAGCAUCCAACAUAAACCAAAGGAGGGGAAAAGAAAGGUGUGAAAAAGGAGUCCAAGAGAAACAAACAUUAACAUGAUGAGUCGAGUGAUGGUCUCUCUUUUGUUGUUGUCUUUCCCUUUUUAUCUCAUUUUGAGAGGAGUUGUGUGUUGUUUUCCAUGCAUGGUGCUCUCGUUGUUGUCAUUCCAUCUCUUUACUUCCCAAUCCUAUGAUAAUCUCUCUCUCUCUCUCUCUCUCUCUCUCUCUCUCUCUCUCUCUCUCUCUCUCUCUCUCUCUCUCUCUCUCCCCUGUGUUCUAGUUGUUCAUAUUCAUAGAAAAGCAAAUACAGGAAAUAAAUACAACAAAGAAGUAACAACAGACCGCAAGUCAUACUGAAGGCUGCUGCUAAACUGAUAUUUCCUUACCAAAAUGAAAGUGGGGGAGGGGAUAGUCCCAACUGUUGUAUUUCCAACCUCACAAAGAGCUGUCCUUUCCAACUUUUACAAUAAAACCAGGAAAAGAAA